CAAAUUGCUACCUGAAACUGAGGUUGAUAUUUCCUGUUUAAGGAAGAAUGGCUCUUGCAUUAGAACUAGGAGCCCUGUGCUUACUCUUGGGAGUUCUACCAGGGUGUUUCUGCGAACAGUGCAGAGAAGGCGCCAAGUAUUCGGAUGCAAUAAUAUCUCCUAAUUUAGAAAUGAUGAAGAUUAUGCGGGUCCCCCAUGCUGUGUCAGUGUCAGACUGCACAGCAGCCUGUUGUGAUCUUUCUGACUGCGACUUGUCCUGGAUGUUUGAACGGCACUGCUACAUAGUCAGCUGCCAACACAAAGGAAACUGUGAGCCCAAGAAGAUGGAGAAGGUGAGGUCCUCUUUGACUUUUGUGCUAAGGCCUCCCCAGAGGCCCUCUGCACCGCUGGGGUAUGGGCAGGUGCCACCAAAGGUCCUCCGUGCCAAGGGCAACCCAUCAGACGAAGUCAGCAGCCUGAAGGAGCUGUCCUUCCUCAGUCGAGAGGAGAGCCCAGACUACCAAGAUGAAUAUGGAGAUACGGAGCCGAACCCCUUUCGGUUGAGCCUCAAGCCUGAAGAGAAGGAAGAUGUGAACUAUGCUGACUGGAGUUUGUUGUUGGCAACUGAGAAUGGCUUCAAUUCUUCAGGGCUCAGUGAUGGAGACAAACAUUUUGACCUGGUCAGAAAUGAAGAGGAGAGAGGUCGUUUGGAGACUCCUACAGGUGUAAAUGAAUCCGAGGGAAAUCCUGUCACCGAACGUCCCGGAGAGUUGCCAGGGAUCAUGUUGGACAUGAUGGAGAAAUCUGCAAAUGAAUUAGGUUUUCAACCACCUGAUGAAGCCAACAGCACCUGGCAGGAAGAGGUUCUAACAACUUCCCAUAAUCCUUCAUCAUCAGACACCCUGGGGUUUCUCUCCACCACCGCGUCACAAACUCAGACAUCAGACCUGCGAAAUCUUAUGCAGGAUGAUGCCACAUCCCUCCCCACCGGUGCUGUUUUCACCCAAGCUACUGCCACAGAUCAAGUAUUGGUUACCACUUCUGCCACCAAAGAUGAAUCAUCCUAUAGCUAUGAGUGGAGCUCGAUGAGUCACCCUGAUGGUUACAAUGGUGAAAUGGAGGGCAAGCACACGCCAACGCUGAAACUUUCUCAACUGCCAGUAGGUGCCUAUGUCUUCAAAGUGACUGUUUCUGCUGAAAAUGCAUUUGGAGAAGGAUUUGUCAAUGUCACUGUCCAACCAGCUGUCAGAAUAAAUCAGCCGCCUGUUGCUAUCGUAUCUCCAAAAGCACAGGAAAUUUCUUUCCCUACAACUUCUGCUUUCAUUGAUGGGAAUCAAAGUACUGAUGAUACUGAAAUAGCCAGUUACCACUGGGAAGAAAUUGAAGGUCCCCCUAGAGAAAAGAAGGCAUCAGCUGAUACACCAGUUUUACAUCUGUCUAACCUCGUGCCUGGCAAUUACACUUUCAGGUUAACAGUAAUGGACUCCAGUGGAGCAACUAACUCUACAGUAGCCUCGCUGAGAGUCCAUAAAAAAGCGGAUUUCCCUCCUGUUGCCAAUGCAGGGCCAAAUCAGGAAAUCAGUUUGCCCAGAAACUCUGUCACAGUGAAUGGAAAUCAGAGCAGUGAUGAUUAUGAAAUAGUCAGCUAUGAGUGGUCCCUGAGCCCGAAAAGUCGAGGCAAAGUGGUAGCAAUGCAGGGGGUGAGGAGUCCCUACCUUCAGUUAUCGUCAAUGCAAGAAGGCGAAUACACAUUUCAGCUGACUGUUACUGAUUCUGCUGAACAGCAGUCUACAGCCGAAGUCACGGUGAUUGUCCGGCCUGAAAAGAAUAGCCCCCCAACAGCCGUGGCUGGGCCAGAUAAGGAGUUGACAUUCCCUGUCCAGAGCACUGUUCUUGAUGGAAGCAUGAGCACUGAUGACUUAGGCAUUGUUUACUACCACUGGGAGAAUAUCAGUGGGCCAACCUCUGUGCAAAUAGAAGACACUGAUAGCGCAGUUGCAACUGUCACAGGCCUGCAAGUUGGCACCUACCAUUUCAGACUGACCGUCCAAGACAGCCAAGGACUAAGCAGCACCGCCACAAUCUCUGUGACUGUUAAGGAGGAAAGCAACCGCCCACCCCAGGCUCGUGCAGGGGGCAAGCACAUCCUCGUUCUGCCCAAUAACUCCAUUGCUUUGGAUGGUUCGCAAUCUACUGAUGACCAAGGGAUUGUGUCUUACCUCUGGAUUCGGGAUGGCCAGAGCCCAGCAGCUGGGGAUGUGAUACAUGGCUCAGAUCACGAGGCCAUCCUGCAGCUGACCAAUCUCGUAGAAGGGAGCUAUUCUUUUCACUUGAAAGUCACCGAUGACAAAGGAGAGUCAGACAUCGACAUGGCUACUGUAGAAGUGCGGCCUGAUCCUAAGAAAAAUGGACUUGUGGAACUGAUCUUGCAAGUUGGAGUUGGCCAGCUGACUGAACAACAGAAAGACACGCUUGUGCGACAGCUAGCAAUGCUUCUGAACGUCUUGGAUUCUGAUAUUAAAGUUCAGAAGAUACACGCUUAUUCUGAUAUCAGCACAGCUGUUGUGUUCUAUGUUCAGAAUGGCCAUCCUUUUAAAGUGAUGAAGGCAGCAGAUGUUGCACAGAUGCUACGCUUGCAGCUCUUGAAGGAGAAGCCGGACUUCUUGCUUUUUAAAGUGCUUCGCGUUGACACGGCUGGUUGCCUCUUAAAGUGCUCCGGACACGGACAUUGUGACCCUAUCACGAAGCGCUGCAUUUGCUAUCAGAUGUGGAUGGAAAAUUUGAUACAGAGGUAUCUUAACAGCGGAGAGAGUAAUUGCGAGUGGAGUAUACUUUAUGUAACGGCAUCAGCUUUCAUUUUGAUUGUGCUGAUGGCGGGGUUCGUUUGGCUCUGCAUCUGCUGUUGCAAAAGCAGAAAGAGGACUAAAAUAAGAAAGAAAACAAAAUACACAAUUUUGGAUAAUAUAGAUGAUCAGGAGAGAAUGGAGCUCAGGCCUAAAUACGGUAUAAAGCACAGAAGCACAGAACACAAUUCCAGCCUGAUGGUUUCAGAGUCAGAGUUUGACAGUGACCAGGACACCAUCUUCAGCAGAGAGAAGGUUGAAAGAGAGAACCCAAGGAAUGCCAUGAACGGUUCCAUGAAGAAUGGGGUCUGCUUCAGCUACAGCUCAAAGAACAGAUAAAUGAAGAGCCUGAGUGGAAGGACACGUUAAUCUGAUGUGCUAAGGCUAUGCUGCUCCUCCUCCUCCUCCACCCUCCCAAACUAUACUGGUGGGAGACGGGAUGAUAAACUUCCAGCAUAGUAGAAAAGGAAAUGGGCAUGGUGGACUUUCCCCUUCAUUUCUUUAACCAAUAACAUAUUUUAACUCGCCACAUGGGUUAGGUGAAAGGGUUUUUAAGUCUAAAAAUGGUUGGAGAUCGUUUCCAUAUAAAAGGUUAUUGCUCAAGACUGUUACAUUACAAGGAGCACAUAUGAAAGCUACCUUAUAUUGUUGUUUCCUUUAGAAAACAAUGGCUAUGCAUCUAUACAAAGACACACCAGUAUGCAAAUGUACCUUGAGUCAUUAAAAAGAAAAGCAGUGUGCGGC